AAACAACAUGGUUCCCCCCUGUAAUGGCAAUGUGAACAAGCAGCGCUCACCUCUGAAACGAUGAAUAGUGUAAUAUUAUCUGAAAUAUAAUAGUAACAGUGACUGAAGCUCCAUGGCGCUCAGAUUGUGCUCGCGGGUUCUUAGAGACUCCUCGCUCGUCUCGAGACUGCUCCUCGGGACUACUCGACAGGAAAGUGCGACAUGGUUCCUAACAGCCGGAAACGCUGUCUGCAGCAGAGGACGGAGGAACGGAUUUAUCUUCACUCCUGCUUGUUUUAUUACAUCAGAUGCAUUUCUCAACAGACUGAUGAAAGGCAAAGCAGUGGAGGCAGACGGCAGUUCUUAUCGCCUGCCAGCGUCAGUUCUACCAGACAACGCUGAACAAUUAUCCUUGUUAAUGAGACAUCCAGAUCAGCCUGAAAAUGCAAAGGUUUUGAAAGUGGCCCUCAUAGGGUCCCCCAAUGCUGGGAAGUCCACAUUAUCCAAUCAGCUCCUUGGAAGAAAGGUGUUUGCCGUGUCCAAGAAAGUACACACUACACGGUCACGGGCCGUGGGCGUCCUGACAGAGGAGGACACACAGAUAAUCUUACUGGACACUCCUGGUCUCACUACUGUAUCAAAGGCCAAAAGACAUAAUCUGGAGAAGGCAUUGCUUGAGGAUCCCUGGAACACGGUUAAAGAAGCAGACAUAGUGGUGGUGUUGGUGGAUGUGUCCGACCGAUGGAUGUGCGGCAGGAUCGACUUCGAGGUGCUCAAAUGCCUGGCCCAGCACACUGACAUCCCUGCAAUCCUGGUGCUCAAUAAGGUGGACCUGUUGAAGACUAAGCACCGGCUGCUGGACAUCACAGCAGAGCUGACAUGUGGAGUAGUGAACGGACGCAAGCUGCAGGUCAGGACAGUGAUCAAGCCUCCGGAGGCUGAAAAGAGUUCCAAGAGGCAGCCAGAGCCAUCGCCCGACGAGGACACCGCGGGGCUGGAAGGAGACGCUGAUCCCAGCUCUGCUCUGAGCAGAGAGCAGCUGAAGGCUCUGAGGAGUCAGCAGGGCUGGGCUCACUUCAAGGACGUCUUCAUGCUGUCUUCUGUGGACAAAGAGGACGUUGACACACUGAAGAACUACUUUAUGGUUGCGGCUAAGCCCGGCUCGUGGCAGUACCACAGUGAAGUCCUGACCGACCAGACUCCAGAGCAGAUCUGCACCAACACCAUCAGAGAGAAGCUUCUGGAGUAUCUGCCACAGGAAGUGCCCUACUCCAUCACACAGUCUAUUGAAUUCUGGGGCGACGGAGAAAAUGGAGAGCUGGAUAUUUCUGUGAAACUUUAUGUCAUGAAAGACAAUCACAUGCGGAUGCUGAUCGGGGCCGGGGGCCAGAUGGUGAGCCGCAUGGCCAAGGAGGCCGGAGAGGACCUGAGCCGAGUCUUCCUGAGAGACGUGAGGCUCAAGCUCACUGCCAAGCUGAAGGUCUGAGGAGGGUGGAAGCACAUGAAACAGAUCCUGCUGGAUUUAAGAUGCCUCUUGGCUACGCAAAGACGGACAUGAAAAGAUAGAACUAAAGAGAGGACUCUGCUCAUGAGUGGAGCUGUAUGAAGACAUGGACCUGUUUGAAGGAGAGAAAGAGGACUGUUGAAAUUGCAUCUUCUGUCUACCUGCAUCAGCAGCAACCUUUCAUGCAGUCUCAGAAGAUACUAUUAAAGAUUUGUACCCUA